AUGGGAGCGGGGGGGACAAGCAGUGCGGUGUUCUUUGCCGGGGGGUGCGGCAUGGAGGACGUCGGGGACGACAACCAACAAGAGACCCAAAGCUCAGGGCCUACAAUCGUUCAAGAUCGUGGUGGGGAGAGCGAGGGUGGGGUUGCCGUUGACGUGCCCCCCGGAGCGGACCCCAAUGUGCCGUUGCUGCUCAAGAAUUGUCAGGCCACGGACGCGGUCGAUGUGUUUUUGUUGGGGAGUGGCGGCGGCGGCGGCGGUGAUGGGGCGCAAGAAGGGAAAGGGAAGCUGUCGCUUCUUCCUCCGGACGCCGUAAGACUGUGCGAACCCAAGUACGCCGCCACGGUGGGGGUAUUUUUCACGGGGUCCCCGGACGAGGGCGACCCUUCCGCCUGGGCGCCGACGGCGCACGUCCUCGUGGCCGGAGGCAUUGUACCCACGGGGGGCGGGGAAGGGGGAGGCCAAUACACGGCCACGUCGACGGUAGACAUAUUCAGGCAUGAUGGAAUCGACGAGGCCACCGGCGAGGCCAAGGUGGCCACGCUUCCCGUACCGCGCCUGCCCAACCCUCCCCGGUUCGAGAUGACAUCCUGCUGCUUCAAGCACCAGUGCGUGUUCGCGGGGGGACGGGUUUCGAUGGGAGAGGGAGGCGCCGGCUUCAACAGCGACCGCGCCGAGGUGUGGGACGGGUCGACGUGGAGCUUCGCCACCUGGGGAGAGCACACGCUGUCGGAGCCGCGGCACCUCAUGGGUUCGGCGGUGAUCGAGAUCUCGACGGGCUCGGAGAAGCGAACUGUGGGGAUGUUCACGGGAGGCGUUUCGAACACCGGGGACUCAUCCAUGGUAGACCUCUUCGACUUCGACGAGCGAAGGGUGCUGCCCAGGAUGGACGCGCCAACCGUCAGCGCGUCCCCGGGUUUCCAGCCUAGCGGGGGCUCGGGAGCGGAGGAGGCGUCGGCGUUCGUCGGGGGGGGGGUAGGGAGGGGGGUCGGCGUGUCGAGAGACGUCCGGGAGUUGCGGUGGCGGAGGCGGAAGCGAGGUGGCAUGGAGGCGUGUCUGGUGANUGUCGGCGUGUCGAGAGACGUCCGGGAGUUGCGGUGGCGGAGGCGGAAGCGAGGUGGCAUGGAGGCGUGUCUGGGAGGGAAAUCUCUUCAUCAGCUGCAGAAGGUGUGUGGUCUUCCCGGCCCAGACGGAAGCAUCCAAGCAUUCACACCGCACGAUGAAGAGGAGGAAUCUUAUUUUGGCGGCGAUCCGACGACAGAAGGUACGGAACCCUCGGUUGGAGGCGGUGGCAACAGGAAGUGGACCGUGGUAGUGUACAUCAUGGCUGCGCUCGUUGGCAUCUUGGUGUCGUACGUGGCAUCGGCGACCCUGAUCGUUCGGAAGGUGGAAGGUCUGUGGAGGUUGCCCUUCGGCGGGGGCGUCUUCGGAGCGCUGUGCGAGGGGGCGGCGCAGUGCUGGCGUGGCUUCCGCCGCCGGUGCUGCUGCUGUUGCUUCUGCUGCUUCCGUGGAGACGAUGGGUCACCCGGAGAUGAUGAAAGGCCGGACUUCUCAGAGGGAAAGCUGUACGGGUACACAAGCGCGGCCGGCGAGGGGCGCCGCCUUAUAUUUCCCACCAGGGGUGACGCGGAAGAGACACGGCGAGGGAGGAGGGGGCGCAGCCGCGGCAGCCGUGGUGGCGGCGGCGGUGGUGAUGGCGGUGGCCCUCGCUCUUCUUCCCCGUCGCACCGCAUGGCAAGCACGUUCUACGAGGACGAGGAGGCUUCAAGGCCGCGCGCCCGCAGCCAUAGCAGCGGCAGCGGCGGCGGCUCCGGCGCCGCCGCCGGCGAUUCCUACGACGAUGAGCGGCCCUUUGGUGCCGCUGGGGCGGGUUCGUCCGCGUCCGGGAGAGCUAGCGCUGGCGGCAGAAGAAGUAACGGUUACGGCGCAGCCGAUGGUCGAGGGGCAGCACCAUCAGCGGGCAGGACGGGGCAGGAGCACCUCCGGCCGGUUGGGACGGCGCGGAGAAAAAGAGGCGGUGGUGUUCAGAUUUUGGCAACCUCAGCGGUGGACGCGGCGGCCGCGGCGGCUAAGCUCGCGGAAGAAAUAGCGAACGACGACGAAGUGUAAAAAACUGAAAGUUUCGUAUUGUUUGAUUAGGCAACGAUGUGUUCGGGGGCAUGGUGAUGUUCUCCGUAGUUUAGUUUGGAAGGGGGUUGGAGAAGGAAGGGCGUCGCGGGGUAAGACACCAAGCACAAACCGCAUCGUACGGGGUGAGAUGUGUAGAUACUAGUGGCCGAGGAACCCAGGUCGGGUUGGCCCCAAACAUUUUAGCACCAUAAGCACGGCGCUGAAGCUGCACCUUUAAGAAUAUUUUUUGUUAUUCUUCAGGGAAUGGCUGCCGAAAUGACAAUAGGUGUUGUGGACAUUUUGCGUGAGCAGCGGGCAGGCAGUACCCAUAAGUGGGUGGCAUAGCAAUGGGUAGCAGGGGCGAUGACAUGCGAGGGGCGGCGGUCGCGCAUCCAGGGCGGCGCGACGUGCGUGUGAAUCAACUACUUGGUACCAUUAAGUGAUAGUGUGAAGAGGAACACAACCAAUUUUCUCGGAAUUUACGAAGGAAUGUGUUGCAAAUGACAACGGUCCCAGCUGGUGAAAGAGGGGGGGGGGAGGAGGGCCCAGCUGGUGAGAGGGCGGGGGGGGGCGUCAGUAUCUGUACCUCAUGUCGUUAUCACAGGACGGAAUCAAAAUGUUUGUUGUGCGUAGUUGGCGGUGAAACUUGUUUCUUGGCGCUGGCCAUCGCGAGCGCAACAACACCAGCAUUUCGAUGCCACAACGACGGUGUUGUAGCAAAUUUGGCGUGGAGCGGCGGGUAAAGUUCGAGAAAAAUAAGUCCGGAGAGAGUUUAGAGUGGCAAAGGUCUGUGGUGCUUUUGUACGCGGAAAGGGCGGGAAUUUGUGGAACAAUGGCUGCUAUCGAUCGGGUCGGAACCCCAAGUUUGUGGUACGAUGUUAGGGUUGCGCUCCCGCUCGAUUAUGUAAUCAUGCGGGGUGACGGUGCGACGACAUGGAGGAUGAGGUUUGCUCGUUUGUUGUGAGUGAAGGAUUCGUAUUUUAUGUGAGCAGUGAGCAGUGUUACGCUUUUUAGGAGCCAUGCGGUGGUACUGUAGUGGUAAACCAGCCCAGAACCUCCACGCAAGAUCCAUCUCGCCAUGAUGAUGACUGCAGUUUUCGAGGAUUCGAGAUACGUAUGCGUACGAGAGGGCUUCGACGCCACGCUAAACUCACCGAGCGAUGAUCCCAAGAUUCAUGUAAACGGUGAUCGCACAGGUUUUGUGUAUUAUUUAGAAGACUCAACGGUAGUGGUGGACUUUUGUGUGUUCUGAAGGGAAGAGAUACUUUGCACAAUCAUGAGUGGAUGUGUACUGUUGGACAUGUGUGUUCGCGAGGAAAAUGAGUUGUGGCCGGCGUGUAUGAUGAGUGUCGCGUGUUCCUAGCGCACUCCGCGUUCCGCACGUUUCUGUUCGUUGGUGGCAUGUUUCGGAGGAGCUCGGCACGGCACCACUGCUGCACCAGAC